CAGGAACACGAUCAGCAGCAGCUGUUGCUGUUGUCGUUGAUGGAUGCCGUACGCACGCAGCUUCGAGCGCUGGCAGCGGGUCGAGGCGACGGCAGCGAGUUGACGCAUGCGCUGCUUGCCCUGCUUGCGGAGGUGACCGGCUCUGGUCCUGGACGGCCCGUGGAGGGUACCAUGUACGGCACGACACAUGGAGGCAGCGCCGCCACUGCUGGGGCCUCCGCCGGUGCGGCGGCGGCGGCAGCAGGAGAUGCAGCCGGGGCGGCUGCUGCCGCUGACGGCGGUGGCGACGCGCAGGCGGGGUCUGAGGAGCAUCAGAAGGAGCGGGAGCAGCGGG